CUGUUGGCGUGCGCAGGUAAUCACCUGCGCUCCUCGAGCCAUGGCGAGUGAAAAUUUGCUUCUACAUGUGAGGCUGCCGAAACGGCAGCGUGUGGAGGGCUUGGGGCUACACCUCUGGGGUCCAGCCUCGGCGCUCCAAACGCCAUGGGAGGAGCCACUGGCUGUGCUGGAAGAAGAUUGGUAUGGUUUGACCUUCGAGGUGCCCUUGGUGUUUGCGGAGAAAGAGGGUGACAUGGCCUUGGGCAUGAUCCUACACUGUGGAGAGGACAAGAAGUGGAGUUGUGAACUGACUUGGGAAGGUUUGGCUGCCUAUGCUGAUGCCUCCUCUGGGGAGGUCUGGAUGGGUCAUGAUGGAGGCCCCAGUUUGUCGGCGCCUGACCCGAAGCAUCUGCUGGAGGGUGACCUUCAUCGACGUGGUGCUCGCGGACAUUGGGUGUCUCCCAGUUUGAUAUUGUGGAGGACAGCUGCUUCGCUUCCUGAGAACUGCCAGGUCUCAUUGCACACCAGUGCCACUGCUGGACUCAGUGAAGCGCAUUUGGAGGGAACGAAGUACAUCCUGGAACCUGUGAUGAUCGAUGAAGAUGAGGCCAAGGUUUUUGAGGAGAAUCCAUAUUUGGAAGGUUGCGGCUGUUUGCGCCUUCCACUAGAAGCAGUGGAUGCUGCCAAAGACCUUUGCAAAAAGCAGCUGGCUCUUUCGGUCACCCUGGAUGACAAGAUCUUGGAUUGCACUGGAGUACAGAUCGGCCAGCUGCUGGACCAUUGCUUCAGUUACGACGGACCCCUUGGAUGCACCAUGGAUCGUAACGGGGUCACGCUGAGCCUGUGGGCACCCACGGCCCUGUCGGUGGAAGUGCUGCUCUAUGACGCUGCCAGCAAGGGACAAGCCAAAGUCCAAGCAAUGACUGAAGAUGGCAGUGGAGUAUGGCGAGCGCAGGGACCUACCAGGUGGAAUGGCAAGUACUACAACUACCGCGUCACCGCAUAUCACCCCCUGACCGGCCGCAUUGAGUGCAUGGAAUCCCCCGAUCCGUAUUCCAUGGCUUGCUCUGCUGAUGCUGGGCGAAGUCUCAUCUGUGAGCUGCCACCCUGUCCAGAGCAACCCGAGAUGCCGGAGUUUCGUCAUCGCGCAGACGCCGCCAUCUAUGAGUUGCAUGUGCGAGAUUUCAGCGCCAUGGACAAGACGGUGAAUGCCAAGUGGAAGGGCAAAUAUUUGGCCUUCGAACAGGAGGGAACGGUGGGAGAUCUCCAUCUUCGUCAGCUGGCAAAGGCAGGCAUCAGCCACGUCCAUUUGCUGCCAAGCUUCGAUUUUGGCUCUGUGCCCGAGCGCCCUGAAGAGCGAAAAGAACCUGAACUGCCCAGCAAAGCUGGUCCAGACUCCGAGGGGCAACAGAUGGCCGUAAUGGAGCUCGCAGACCAAGAUGCCUUCAACUGGGGCUAUGAUCCCGUGUUGUUCGGAGUGCCAGAGGGAUCCUACGCUACGGAUCCGGAUGGCCUGUGCAGGGUGUCGGAACAUCGCCGAAUGGUCACAGGCCUUCAUCGGAAGGGUCUCCGAGUGGUAGCGGAUGUAGUCUUCAACCAUGUGUUUGGUAGUGGUCCUGUUGGCCCACACAGCGUCCUGGACAAGUGCGUGCCGGGCUACUACCUGCGCAGAAGUGAAGAUGGGCACGUGGAGAAUUCCACCUGUAUGAACAACACCGCCACCGAGCGAUACAUGAUGGAACGCCACGUGGUGGACAUGGUGCGCUUCUGGGCUGUGAACCAUCGAGUGGAUGGUUUCCGCUUUGAUCUCAUGGGACAUUUGACUUUGAAAUGCAUCAAGCGAUGCCGUGCGGCAUUGGACGAACUCUCAUUGGACGAACAUGGCAUCGAUGGACCCAGGUUGCUGAUGUAUGGUGAGGGCUGGGAGUUUGGAGAGAUCGCCAAGAACGCCCGCGGCACCACGGCCUGCCAACGGCACCUGGCGGGCAGCAGCAUCGGCAGUUUCAACGACGGCUUGCGCAGCGCGGCGCUGGGCGGAAGCGCCUUCGAAGAUCCGCAACUCCAAGGCUUCACCACCGGCCUCGGUCUACGGGAUUCUGCGGCAGAGGAGCUGCAGAUUGAGAACAAGAAGCAGAUGGAACUUCUCCGAAUUGCAGCAGACAACAUCAGGCUUUGCAUGGCCGGCGGAUUGAAGGACUACAAGUUGGAACAAGACUGCUUCGGCCGCAAGGGUUUGCCCGCGGGCCAACUGCAUGGGGGGCAUGCGGCCUAUGUGUCAGCGCCAGAAGAAGUGGUGAAUUUCAUUUGCGUCCAUGACAAUGAGACUCUCUACGACAGCACCGUUUGGAAGAUGCCACCGUCAAUCAGCAGCGUUGAAGAUCGGCUGCGAGCCAACUGGCUCUGCACUGCCAUUUUGGCGCUGAGUCAUGGCGUUCCACUCUUCCAUGCAGGUGAUGAAGUGCUGAGAUCAAAGUCAUUGGAUCGCGACAGCUACAACAGCGGCGAUUGGUUUAACCGGCUGGACUUCACGGGCGAGCGCUCAGCCUUCGGUACUGGCCUCCCACCCUGGGGCAAGAACCACGCCAAAUGGGAACCCAUGAAGCCGCUGUUACGCGAUGAGACCUUGGUCCCAACGGCUGAGAUGGCGCAGAGGACCACGGCGAAAUUUUGCGAACUCUUGAGCAUUCGCCGCUCCACCCCGUUGCUGGGUCUAUGGGAAGCAGAGGAUAUCAAGCAGAAGGUGAAGUUCCCCGGCUGUGGUGGGGCACAGCUUCCAGGAGUUGUGGUCAUGGAAGUGCGCAACGGUCCACCUGCCAGCGACCCGGGUGCCGAGCCGCUAUGCAACAGCUUCGCCCGGGUGGUUGUGGUCAUCUCGGCUCUCCAGACGGAGAUCAGGCUGCCAGUCCCCAUCAGCAACACUGACGGCAUAAUGCAGUUGCAUCCCUUGCACAAAACCUCCAAAGAUGAGCUGACGCGUGAGGCCAGCGUGGAUGAGGAAAGCAAUGAGUUGGUUGUGCCAGCAAUGUCAGCCAUCGUUUUCGUUGAGCCCAUGCCCAGCUCGAAGAACUACAAGCCAUGCGAUCCCAAGUUGAAGUUCAAGCCACCAGCAUCCUGGCUCAAAGAGCCAUGGCUCAAGGUUAUUUGGAUGGUACUGUAUGAUAUAAUAUGA